GCUUGUCUUACUGGAAGAGAGAAAAUUCUUUUCCUUGGCUUUGAUUCUCAUGCUUUUGCAAACUCGCCACUCUACAUAUGUGGAAGCGACGGGGGUCUCGAAUCGACAUUUUCUGUCGGAUAUAGUGGGUUUUCUUGACUUUUUGCCACUUCGUUAUCGUAUCUCUUGUCAACUUUUUUUCGUUGCACUUGGCUGCGAAGCAUGCGGGGUCACACUGCCGGAAUUGGCUCUCCCAUCGACCAGCCACAUCAAGCACGUCGUUGACUUGGGGAAAAAAUUUCACCUAUUUCUGCUGCAACCAAGAGGGCAGAUACGGAGGGUGCGCAAAUCCGAGACAGCCAAACGCGGCAAUGUCUAGUAGGUAAACGCCCAGAGUUGUUGAAACGGCGCCCCCGAUUGCGGACCCCAAAGAAUAGCCUUCCGUACGUCGGUUCGAUCCAGGAAAACCUUAGUGGAGCCACGAGAAGGGAAGAUGGAUUUACUUGCGUUUCGAGGCCAGCCCUGGCGGGCGUACACGGUGAACACAGCGGAAAACAACCGUUUUGACGCGUACGAUCUGCCGCGGAGUUUCCCCCUGGUUCGCUACCGAGCCCCGCCGAGUUCACCUGUGCCGGUGGUUCCGCCAAGACCCCCUUGGAUACCUUAUCCGCCGUUCUUGGCUUCUCAAGCUCACCCGCACGCGAGGCCGCCGCCUGCAUCUUUACCAGAAGAUGUCAUUCGAUCGCUUUUGUAUGGCACAAAAAGCACCGUGGUUCCGUCCACGCGGAUCUAUCAAGCGUUCAUUCACGGAUCCAGCUCUCCGCCGGACGACAUAUACCUUUAUCCUACGCGGCCACGGCAAACCCACACGACGCGCGAAUUCCAGUACGCUGUUUCGUUUUUCGAACGACCGCGUUUACAGAGAUGGCUAAUGCAACCCACUCAGACAAUUUGGGUCGCUCGUUGGAAGCGCAUCAUUGGUGGACUCCUCAUUGUCAUCGCGCUUGUUCUGCUUGGGGUCUUCAAGUCCCGCCCGCUGCGUCGUCGCAUCGCGCGCUUCCUCCACAAAUUUCGUUGGUUUCUCAGUCGGAUCAUCGCGGGUGUCAGGCAGCAAACCCCAACUGCUGUUUUCGCAGCUCUUCCCUCGGCAACCGAGUCAGAUGCCGCGCCAGACAAACCAGACAGGACAGGGGAACAGAGAGGACCGCUGUUCGACGCUGAAGACGCUUCCUCGUCGAGUUCCGAGGGAACGACCGAUCCAGAUGAAAAUCGGUCGCCGCUGCACCAGCGACAAUUGAAGGACUCCAACCGAGGUGCAUGUACGCCUGAAACGCUCGCACACACGGGUGCAGAGAAACGUGGACACCAUCGAGUGGAAAGUCCGGCGAUUGUAAAUAGCUCCUCGAUGCCCCAUUCAAAGGAGGCUUUUUUUGGAGAGUCGCCCUUGUUGGAAACGGUGAAGUUGCCGGCAGACAGGACUGGAUCCAAGGCAGAACGUUCCACCCAGAAGACCGCAGGAGGGCAUCGCCAAGUGGCAUCCGGGGUGCCGAAAGUGGCGGAAUCGCAGAAGCAAGCGGACGGCAAGUCGGCCGCAGAAAACGGCGAGCACAAGCACCAUCUGCGAUCCUUUUUCGAGAGAUUUCCUUACUUUAUUCCUUCGUCGUCAUCAGACACCAGCGAAGGCAGCCAGAGUGCCAGGGGACCGUUGGGAAGUCGACCGCAAACGCACAGCCAUUACGGGAUUCCUGGAUUUCGGAAAAAGGGAAGCAAGAAGGCGCUGUCUGCCUCUGCGUCUCUACACGAAGCAUUGUGCGAUUUGUCUCUUCUGAUUCAAGGAGCCGAGCAGUCGUCCCCCACAGAGCCGGUCAACACCAGCAUCCCCUGUUGCUUUAGUUUCCCGUCGCUCGCGUCGGCGAUGCAUUCGCCUGCAGAACUCGAUGUCCCCAGGUUUGUCGAGGACGGUCCCCUGCGAGACAACGAGAGCGAGCAACGCGACGACUACAUCCGGCCAUCGGACUCCGCGCCCUCUUUCUCGUCUUCGUUUCGAGACGGAGACCAGACCGCGCACUCGGGGAAACGACGGAGAAGCCUGGCUGAACGAUUCCCUCGAGCUUUCGCUGCACGCACGGCCAGUUUCCACGGAGACGGCAAACCAGGAACUGCUUUAAGGUGGGUGAUUGCUUCUCCCGACGACCAGGGAAGCCUUGAAAAGCAAGGACGCGCGCCGCCCUUCACUCGAAAGCUGUCGGAAACCAACGCAGGCAGAAACAAACGCACUUCCCUCCCUUCAGCCGAGAACAGAUGUGAGUCUCAGGGUGUCCCGACACCACCACCCAUACCACCCGGGGGAAAACAUCCCGGCACCGCUUCGCCGUCGACGUCACCUUCGAUGGUUUCGGCCUCUUCGACAACGUCGUGCACUCCGCCCUCGUCUUCGCGGCCUCAUGUUUCUCAGCCUCGUGCCUCCGGGUCUCCCAUGGUGUACAUAACGUUUCGCUCGGGUGUACACGCUCCCCGAGACGGCGCGUUGUCGUCGCUCCGUUCUGCCUCUUCGCAGCUCCGAAAGUGGGUGGAAACGCUGCUCGACUUCUUUCGCGCUUGGCUCCGUCCCUCUGGAGCCGCAGACGGCGAUGCGGAAGGAGGCGCAGAGGGGCGCAGCGACACCACUGGGGAGCCUGUUAGUUACGGAAGAGAGCCGGGAGAGGAGGGAGAACAAGCGAGCUCCCAAGCGAGUUUAACAGCUCUUUCGGGCCGCGAAUUGGAAGCCAAGAAGCAACGCGCUUCGCUCUGUCAACAGUUUCUUCGCCUGCUGCGUUUGGCGCUUCCCAGGGAGAAACUUUUGUCUUCAGAGGGAUUCUAUCUGUUCAUCCUUCUCUCGACUCUGAUCAGUCGCACUUUCCUCUCGAUUUGGAUUGCGUCUGUGAACGGCCGAGUCGUCGAAGGGAUCAUCCGCCAAGACGGCAAAAAGUUUCUGCGAGGUCUCAGUCUCCUCGUCGCCUACGCUCUCCCGGCAGCGCUCGUGAAUGCGGCCAUUCAGUUCUCCGAAAAGAGUCUGGGCGUUCUGCUCAGAAAGAACUUAACCGACACUUUGGUCAAGAAAUACCUUAGCGGCCUCACGUUCUACCAGAUGGUUGCUCUCGACGCGCGUGUGAGCCAUCCAGACGAGCUGCUGGCGAACACUACUUCCAGCUUCAGCAUGCUCGUCGCCUCUCUGUUCUCGUCCUUUCUCAAACCGACUGUCGACAUCGUAUUCCUCACGCGAUCGAUUCUGCGGCACCUCGGCGUAAAGGCGCCGCUCUUUCUGGGUCUCUGGUAUCUCCUCACGGCGGGAGUUCUCCACUGGGCUUCUCCUCCAAUUGGGAGGAAAACGGCGAGGAUGCACGAAUUAGAUGCAAAGUACAGAGCUCUGCAUUCCGACCUUCUUCAUCACAGCGAAGAAAUUGCGUUCUACGGAGGAGGGAAGGCUGCGUCACGCCGUCUGGAACGGGCAUUCGAGACAGCUUGUGUGUAUCGACAGCACAUUUUUUUCAUUUAUCACUUCCUCAUGGGGACGCUCGAUAUGCUCUUUGCCAAGCAUAUGUCGGUGGUCAUGGGCUAUGCGGUCGUCGCCAUUCCUGCAUUUCGAGAGAAGAUUGAGGCGUUCUUUUCUAGACGAGUGUCGCGGCCCGAGCUGCUGGACAUGACUGACUAUGCCCAAGUUUUCGUUGCUGAAGAGGCUGCAAAGAAACUGGGGAGGAAACGCUUUUCAGAGGAAAUCGAACGGCGGGGUGUCCUCGCUCGAAUCCCCAGCCGAGCUGCCCAGAAAGAAGACAUUGCGCAUGCGUAUGUUCGAAACAGUACGCUCCUGAUCAACCUGGCGAAAGCGGUGGGGAGGAUCGUCCUCGCGUACAAAGAGGUUCAGCAACUUGGAGGCUACACAGAAAGGCUCUUCCAGUUCCUCCAAGUCGUCGAAGAUCUGCAGAGCGGUGUCUACUGCCCCAGAGUCGCCUUGACCGACGAUUCCAUCGAUCGAGAAACGCAUUCACUCGCGUCCUCUGGCAGACUCGUGACGGAAAGUAACUUAAAGGCCGUCGAAUUUCGGGACGUGGCUGUCGUGACACCUGGAGGGCACGUCCUUCUACAGCAUCUCUCAUUUUCCAUUCAAACAGGAAAAAACGUCUUUCUCUUGGGUCCCAAUGGAUGCGGGAAGACUUCUCUUUUCCGGAUCCUAGGUGGAUUGUGGCCUCUGGUAGAAGGCGAGGUCAGGAAGCCGAAGGCGUCGAAGCUGUUCUACAUUCCUCAGAGGCCCUACAUGCCGGAAGGAACUCUUCGUGACCAGGUGCUUUAUCCCAUGACCUACGAAGACUUUUUGGCGCGACCGACAAAGGCGAACGACGCGCAUCUCGAGGUCCUUUUGCGGCUCGUCGGUCUCGGCCAUCUUCUCGAACGGUUCACAGAAACCUGGGAGGCAUGGAGAGACUGGAGUGGGGUACUCAGUGGCGGCGAGAAGCAGCGCAUGGCCUUUGCGCGUCUCUUCUUUCACCAACCUGUCUUUGCGAUUUUGGAUGAGGCGACGAGCGCGGUGUCCGUGGACAUGGAGAGCACUUUGUAUCGCUUGUGUCGAGAAAAGAAGAUCACGCUGAUCACGAUCUCGCACAACCUCAGCUUGCUGAAGUACCAUGAGUCUCUGCUCCGCAUUUUCCCCGCCGUCGAAGCCGGCCAAGGUCCUACUGGCCAGCAGUGGACGUUCGAGCCGACGGAGGGGCUUCGGCGUCUAGACAGUUACUCAUUUCUCCUGAACUUGGCCGACAAAAACCUGCCGAGGCGCAGAGUGCAUGCGUCCGAAAAGAGACGAGAACACCGCGACGCCGCAGGCGAGAGAGGCAGAGACCGGAAUCUGCUCAUGUGCCAUGCCGGAGGCUUGACGACGGGAGCAGGAGAAGACGAGAAGGAAGCGCGGAACGAAGACCUCACGGAAGACGCGCGGGAGAGGGAAGGCGAUGGAGCGGUCGCAGGAAGAGGACGAGCCAGGCCUGAGACAACAGGCGAUCGGGGGAGCGUAGCUGCACCCAGAAAACAGAAACAUGUCCUUCAGCGAGAACACAACCAGACCUCCUAUCACUUGACACCCGUGGAUGCUGACUCUUCUUCUUGCGCUGCUCGUUUGGCACCGCCCUUAGCUGUCAACGAGAUGCAGCCUGCGAGGUUCUCGGAUUCGUCGCUCUCUCCUGCCGAGACAGACGGACCCAGUCAUACUCCUGAGGUCGGAGGCGCAGCAGGCGAAGGGUGGAGGCCGUGGGGAGUGUCUGAGUCUGUCCGCGGGAGAGAUGAGGAGGCGCGUUUGGAGAGGGACGCUCUUUUGAUGGAAGCUGAGGUCGAGGGCGGUGCGGUCGUCGUCAUCCAAGAAAGCUUUCCAGACUUGGAAGAAGAGGAACCGCUGCCCACAUGUUUGUUUCCUUUUCCCCUUACUGGGCCGCGCGCGGAGCGUUCGCGUUCCGCAGACGUCAGCGACUUGCGUCCGUCCAGGCAAGGAGUUCUGUGGACUCCAAGGGUCGCUCCGCGCUCGAAGCUGGAGGACAGAGAAGAUGAGAAACGCGGACGCGUUAUAGGCAGCGCGCGUUUCCACGCAGAAAAGGACAACGAGCUUCUGAAUCCCCAGUCAACUGGCCGGAGCGAACGGGAGGGAGCGGAGAGAACUGCGGGAGGCAGCCAGAGCGAAAGGAGGCUUCUGGCCGAUGCUUCUCACUCUUCGUUCAAGUCUGUUGACUCACAAGAGAAAGUCGACGAAACCCUCAGCCCAGCGCUCUCGGGUGGACAUCCACUGCUGGUCGUGACUGGCAAGGUUGCAGACGAGGCCGCCUCGGUAAACGGCGUUGCGCGUACAGAGAGUGCAGACCUUGAGGGGGGAAGACCGUCGAUGGAGAGACACAACGCUCUGCUGUUUCCUCCCUUUUUCACCGCCUUGCCUGCCCCGCGCUUUCAGGCGGGACACGGCGAUUCGGCUUAUAUUCGGAGAAGACAUAGCGGCCCCGUAGACGGUCGCCUCCCGCUCUCAGCUGCGCGCAUUGGAGCUGCAGCAGCGGAGGCGACAGUCAUUUGUCUCCAGCAGGCGAGGGAAAAACAGAACCGAAUCGAGGAAGGUCGGAAACAAAGUGGACAGGGGAGCCACUGAACAGCGAGAGUACAGAAGAUAAGAAGAGAGAGAGGGCAAUACAGAAAGCAGGGAUGAGCAGAAGACAGAAAGGCCAGGUACAAGAACGCAGGAGGGAAUCCAAGGAAACAGAAGACAUCGACGAGGAAGUUGCAGAGUGUGGAGGCCUCUUGCGGCAUUCUACAUGCAUUUGACUUGUUCCGUCCAGGGUGGCAGUUGGCUUCAGUUGAUGGAAGGGGAGGUUUCCUCGAAAGUGACUUCGAAGUCGAAAAAAGUAUAGUCACGUCCUCACCGUUCAUCUUUUUUUCUUCAGAGAACUCUGGCUGCGUGAGUGUUGCAUGUGUAUGGCGACUUCAUGCGGAAAAAACGCGAAUUUCCUUUAGAUCGAGGCAGACCACCCGCGUCCACUAACGUGAGACACACAAACUGCGCCAUGAGAUUGACUUCAAAAGGCGCCUCACUGCAUGCAACAGGGUAAAAACCCUCUGCAUGCGCAUGCGCUUCUGUGUGCGUCUCUGUACAUGUGU